AUGGAGGCGGGCCCGCCACUGCAGAGCGUCGAUGCGCCCGACACGUCGACGCUCACGCAUGGCAUAAAGAGCAUCUCGCACGUCGAGCUGCCGUCGUACCAUGGUCCGCGCGCACCCUCGAUACUCGCGCCGCUCCCACGCUUCCCGCGCAAGACCCGUACGACGAUCAUGGUCCAGAAUUUUCUGCGCAAUGUCGCCAAAACGACCGCGCCCCACAGAGAGAGCACGGCGCGGCUGCCCACGUUACUGCACAAGACGCUGAGCAAAACGCGCAACAAGUUGAUUGGGCAUUCGCAGCGCGUGGCGCCAAGGGCGACGGCGCUCGCGUGUUCAAACUCGAUCACGUCGCUCGUGGCGCAAAAGCCGCCGCGGGUCGUGCCCUUUGCGCCCGAGCCAACGCUGUUGCCGACGUCCAGCCAGCAUCGCCAAGACGACAGCGUGGUGACGCUGAAUCCGGGCGCGACCACCAAUUCCUGUGACGUGAUCGGACGCGCCCGCGCCAAGUCGGUGCGGGAAAGACUGACCGAGUCGAUGCUCGAGCGCAUUCCGCAGCUUCACGAACGCCGGUCGCGGCUUCUCGAUCAAGUCGCGAUGGGCCAGCGGCACAAAAAAGUGCUGUCGCAGUACCAGAUUCGGCUCCGGUCGCACCGCGUCUCGGCGAUCAGCACGCUCGUCAUCUAUGUGCCCCACAUGAUUUACCCCACGAGUCGGUGGUACCGAGUCUGGCGCCUCGUCCUCGUGCUGCUCACUUACUACCAGCUCGUGACAAUUCCGUACAACGUGGCGUUCCUGCCGCUGGAAAACCCGCGCGACGACACAAUGGGUCUGCUCACCAACGUCUUCUUUGCCAUCGAUCUCGUCAUCAAUUUGAACACGGCGGUGCGCGUCUCGGACGUGACCUUUAUUACGACCCGAAGACACAUUGCGCGCAUUUAUCUCCAUAGCUGGUACAUGUUUGUCCCGGACGCGCUCUCGAUCGUACCUUGGGACGUGCUCGUCUAUGCCAUCACGCAUCAUUCGAGUCCAAGCACGCUUCCAAGCUCGUUUGCUAGUUGCUUCAAGCUCUUUCGGCUGCCACGCAUCUUGCGCAUGUACUCGCUUGUGCGAAUUCUGCGCUACCUCCGCGUGCCUGACGAGUACAAGCGCUGGGUGCUCUACUCUCGCUACGCGCACUUGAUCCGGCUCUUGUCGCUCCUCGCGCUGUUUAUGUUUCUGGUGCACCUUCUCGCAUGCCUCUGGUAUGGCCUUGUCGUGCCCGAGCUCUGGAUCGAGACGACGAGUGCGAGCUCUACGGACGGGUCGCUUCUCAGUGCGUAUACGCUGAGCGCCUACUACAUUGUCACCACGGUCACGGGCCAAUCGAAUGUGCUCCAGACGAAUGCACAAUAUGUCUUCUCGGCCGUCGUCAUUAUCCUUGGGUCGCUCUGGAUUGCGGUCGUGUUUGGCAACGUGGGCAAUUUGAUCGCCAACUACUACGCCAACCAAGACCUCUUUCAGCAAAAGAUGGAGUCGCUCUUCUCGAGCAUGACGCUGCUCCACUUGCCGGUGGAGCUGCAAAACCGCAUCGUCGAGUACUAUCAGACCAUGUACACCCGCCACGGGACGCUCAACGGCAAGCCGUUCCAGUUCACCAAGGAGCUCUCGAAAAAUCUCUCGGUCGAAGUCGGGCUCUUUUUGCGGAUGAACAUGAUUACGCGGUCGCCCAUGUUCCAGCCGUGCAGCCCCGAGUUUGUCCAAGAGCUUGUGAUGCAGCUCGGUUUUCAGGUCUACCUCGGCAACGACUACAUUGUCGUGCGCGGCGAAGUCGGCAGCGAAAUGUACUUUGUGCAAAACGGCAUUUGCGAGAUGCGCCAGCCCAAGCUCCUUGAAGCGUCGUUUCAACGCGUGGACGUGGGCGGCAUCGACCUCAAGCCGUAUCGGACACUGGAAGAAGGCGACCAUUUUGGGGAACUCGCGCUGCUCAUGAACGUCAAACAUGCAGCCACGGUCAAGGCCGUCACAUUUCUCGAGCUCUGUGUUCUGACUCGAGACGUCUUCUUGGCCGUCACGGACAAGUACUGCGACGACAAGACGGUGAUUGAGAAUUUUAUCGUUGAAAAGUAUGACCCGGCCGUCAUGGAGUCGCUGCUCGCGAUCCAGAGCAACCCCAAGCAGGAGCACCAGCGGUCAAUCACGCAAUGGACUUGA